CUCUCUAGGAAGACUGGUAGUGGUGGCAUUGGCUCUAUAAAUUAAGGCCCUCUUUGUUCCUUCUGUCCCUCAUACCAAACUCAUCUCUCUUUUUCUCACUGCUACAUCUUGUUACAAAACCAGAAGAUUUGCUUCCUCGGCCCCAACGCUCUCUUACCAACCAAACCUUCUAAAGUUGUCAUCACCUUCUUUUUGUGAAACUGUCAUAAGUGCUUCCGGUAAAAGCACUGCACAAGCCAAGUCAUUUCCAACCAAAUAAUUCUCUCACACCCAAAUCUGUUUCUGGUGCAACACAGGAAUUUCAGACAAAUUUCACAGCAAUGGAAAGAUUGAACUCAAAGCUGUACUUGCAGAACUGCUACAUAAUGAAAGAGAAUGAGAAGCUGAGGAAGAAGGCACAGCUGCUGAACCAGGAGAAUCAAGCCUUGCUUUCUGAGCUUCAGCAGAAGCUGUCCAAAAGUACUUCAAAAACAAAAGCCAAUGCAGCAGCUGGAAAUACACUUCCUGACCUCAACCUCAGCUCUUCCUCCACCCCAAAUGCUAAUGGUUCCACCAACUAAUGAUCUGAUAAAAUUAGUUAAAAUUAAGUAAAAAUGUGAUGACCCCACUAGGAGGAAGAGGAGGAGGAUUUAGCUUUUGUUUUUGUUUAAAAUAUUUAGCAACAGUGGUAGUUCCAGUUUUAGAUACGAAAUAGGACAAUAUGAAGUUGUAGUCUGUAUCUUUUGUACCACCAAGGAUGCCUCUGCUUCUUCUAUUUCCAUAUAUUUUAUCAGUAAUUUUUCUUUUGUGGGGUGGUUAUUAAAAAUUUCUGUACGACGAGGAUGUAUCAAGCUAUCUAGCAAGCAAUAUAAAUAUUAUUUUAGCUCUC